AAAGCAAGACAUUUCAAAUAACAAAUCGCUUCGUAACGUCAUUUACAAACCGCAAAAAUUAGGGCCAAAAGUGAGUCGCACAAGCAGUUGGGGAGCGGAGUACCGUGCAUCUUCUAAUCACAGCAAACAUAGUUUUCCAUCAGUCACCAUGGAUAACAUUGACGAUCUAUCGAAUGAGGAUCUGCGAUUGAAGCUGCUUGAAUAUGGUAUGGCUAACAUGCCGGUAACGCAAACCACUCGUAAGGUGUUGAUAAAAAAGCUGAAGAAUCAUAUGGAAAAUGCGAACAGCAAGGUUCGUCGGGAAACCAUUCAUGUCGCUAAAUAUUCUUCCGAUGAGGAAUCUGUGCCAGCGGAAGAACCAAAAAAAGCCCAGAAGAAAGAAUCUAACCGUCGGGCUACGAUUGGCGCUUCGGCUGCAAAACUGUCUAAAACGCUACCAGUGAUGCCAGAUUUACCUCCUCCCAAACCGGCCGCUGAAAAGCCGGAAAAAGUGGACCCGGCUUCUAAACGAAGAUCCGGAAGGCUGACACCAUUGCAGAAUAAAGAGGACAUUGCCCCGGUAGUUGCCGCACCACAGGAACCUAUGAUUGUGGAAAAUUCCGACGAUGAAGAGGAAAUGCCACAAAUAGCGGUUAGAACUAGGGAUAGAAAAUCCAAAAGUCCAUCACUGAGCCGAGGUGAAACUGUUACCACUUCUUAUAUUCACCAAGCGGAGCUAUCUGUGAAACCUCCAAUCAUCGAAGAAAUGGAAAUUGAUCUCACCGAAUCUACAGAUGAAGUUAUGGCUGAUCCACCCGAACCUGCACCGAAAGUUCGACGUCCUCCAUUAACACCAACUCGUGAGCCUCGUUUCACGUCCACCAUGAGCAAAAGAACCACAACAAGCGGCAUUAGUGGGCUCUCUCAAAAUGUGUACAGUGAAUCGACUGCUAUCUUCGAACGUGAACCCUCUCCGGAGCAACCGACGCCACCACCAAUAUCACGGGGACGCUAUUCUGAAGUGGCCCCCUCGAAAAUACGUGAGGAAAUUCGAUUGGACCCCACUGAUUCGCCGUAUCUCAGUGAAUUCACCAGGCGUCUGUCGCGAUUGAAAGCGGAAUCGUCACAGUUGAACGCAGUCCGAGAUCAUCCGAUCAGGCGUACGAUCGCCGCCAGCUAUACAUCAUCACCGGUCCCCUCGAAGGUUGAAAACGAUUACGUCCAAUCCAGGCUAGCAGCCGUUCGUGGUAUCCGACCAGAGGGAUCAUCCAGCAGAGGCGGCGGCGAUAAAGGAGACAUACGCGCAUCACUCCGGCAGGUCAUUCUGGCUUUGGAUCGGAAGUACUCGAUUAAACGGAUGUUUUAUUUGCUUAUCGUUACGUUGAUCGUCAUAUUUUUGUUUGUGUUUUUCUUCCUGUGAGCGCGAGUGUUUGAAUAGAUAUGGCAUGUGGAACAGAGUCCAAUUGAUGGAUAGGGGAUGGAGCGGAAUUGUUUUCUUUCCUUGUUCUGUAAUAAAAGAUGUAUACACACAUUAAUUGAUUAAUAAAGUUGAUUUUAAAUCGU